CCAUCCCACUUCAUCGCCGUUAAUUGACAACGACACUCUGCAAAGAAUGGCGACUGUACAGAUCAACCUCCCCCUUCCCGUCCUACCGGAGGGAUGGGCUGGCGAGAAGGACUUCAAGCCCAUCAGCCAACUCAGCGCUGCCAACGACCGCAACAUCGAGCCCGUUGGACCCCACUUCCUUGCCCAUGCCCGCAGAAAGCGACAUAAGCGCACUUUCUCUGAGGAUGACCGCAUCCAGGCCCAGGCAAACGUCAAGAAGGUUGAAGACGACGAUGAGGGCGAGAUCAGCGAGCCUGAAGAUCCCGUCCUUCUCCAGCGUGAAGCCAAAGACUGGAAGAACCAAGAUCAUUACGCUGUUCUGGGCAUAGCCAGGUACCGUCACCGCGCCACUGAGGAACAAAUCAAGAAGGCCCACCGCAGGAAAGUGCUCAAGCAUCACCCUGAUAAGAAAGCCGCAGCAGGAGGAACCGAAGACGACCAGUUCUUCAAGUGUAUCCAGAAGGCCACCGAGGUGCUUCUCGACCCUGUCAAGCGCCGUCAAUUCGACUCCGUGGACGAGGCCGCCGAGGUGGAGCCCCCGACCAAAAAGGAAACGCAAAAGGGCAACUUCUACAAGCUUUGGGGCAAGGUUUUCGAGUCCGAAGGCCGUUUCUCCAACAAUCAGCCUGUACCAAAGCUUGGCAACGAAAAGAGCACAAAACCCGAGGUCGAGGCGUUCUACAACUUCUGGUACAACUUCGACAGCUGGCGAUCUUUCGAAUAUCUUGAUGAGGAUGUGCCGGACGACAAUGAGAAUCGUGAUCAGAAGCGUCACGUUGAGCGCAAGAACCAGAACGCACGCCGUAAAAAGAAGACCGAGGACACCACCCGUCUUAGGAAGCUGGUUGACGAUGCAUUGGCCCUUGAUGAGCGCAUCAAGAAGUUCAGACAGGAAGAGCACGCCCAGAAGAACAAGCGCAGAUUCGAGAAGGAAGCUGAGCAGAAGCGCCUUGCCGAAGAGGCUGCUAAGGCCAAAGAAGAGGCUGCCAGGCUCCAGCAGGAGAAGGAGGCUGCUGAGAAAGCUGAAAAGGCUGAGGGCAAGAAGGCAAAGGAGGCAGCUAAGAACGCUGCGAAGAAGAACAAGCGUGUGGUCAGAGGUGCGGUUAAGGAUGCCAACUACUUCCACGCCGGUGGAGAUGCUCCUGCCGCUCAGAUCGACUCUGCCCUCAACGAUGUUGAUCUCAUCAUCACCAAGAUUGACAAUGAGGAGCUGGCCACUCUCACCGGCAAGCUGAACGGCCAGAAAGACGGCGGUGUCAUCACGCAGAUCUUCCAGGAUGAAGUUAAGCGACUUGUUGGUGCUGGCAAGUUGAAGGAUGGCGAGGCAAAGUCUCUAUCCGCAUAGAAAACUGGGAAGUUAUAAAAAGCAUUGGCAACUAGAUUCACGAUAGACUUCUGGCAAUACAUAUGAGAGGAUAUUUUUCCCGCAAUUACUUAGUAC